UUUCAUGCUAUAAGAAGAACUCAAUCUAAAGGAAAGGUGCAUUGAAGAGGGACGGAGCAACGUGAUAAGAAGUACUGACAAGAUGAAAGUUUUUCUAUGCAUCAUCGGCUUAAUUGCCUACACAAAUGCGUUAAGUAUGACACAAUGUAGCCAGGGCUCCAAGAUUAAAGUGAAGUCGGUUAAUGUCACUCCAAGCCCUGGAGUGCUGACAAAAGACAAAACAGUCGAGAUCGGGUACGAAAACAACGCACAAGUUACUGCGUCUGAUCGCUUGGAAGCAACAUUGGAAAUUAGGAAGAAAGUGUUUUUUCUGGGUUUUGUAAAAAUACCUACAUCUCUCAUUUCACUGGCAGCAAAAAAACUUCAAGAUCCUGACAUUCAACACAUGGGAGGCAGUAAAUUCCAACUGGGAUGUCCAACCCUUCAGAAGUACAUACCAUGCCCACCGCCAACGGGUACCAACACAGAACGCGUCACGUUGAAUAAACUUUUCGAAGAGAUGAAAAAAUUGAGUGGAACGUUUGGUUCCUGGCUCGCCUCGGGUACAUACAGAGUGAACGUUGUUGCUAAUAAAGUCGCUACUGCGUCGUCGCCUGGAAAUGAUCUUCUGGUCUGUGUCGAUGUGGAAGCCGAGAUUAGUAUUUAAGAACUUAUUGUGAACGAAUAAAGUAUACACAAGAAA